GUGAGUGUGUGCCCCGUGUUGAAAAGGAAUGGACAUCGACAUCAGCACCUCGCGCCUGCCUGUUCCCGUUCGUUGGGGCCACGCGUCCGCCGCCCAUUCCAGGGAGACAUGGCCAAGAAAGCCUCGACGGGUUCCCUGGACCGGUCGGACCUCGUCGACUUCGUCGUCGACGACCGGACGGCCGAUGAGACCAGGGCCAUCUACAACAGCUGGGCGAACAAUUACGAGGAGGACAUGGCACUGCAGAAGUACAAGGCUCCGAGCAUCAUGGCUCACUUCAUCAACCAGGAACUGCAGGUCAAGAAGGACGCCCUCAUUUUGGACGUCGGAUGUGGAACCGGACUGCUCGGGGUGCAGCUCAAGAACCUCGGCUACAGCUACAUGGACGCCCUGGACUACAGCGAGGAGAUGAUGAGCGAAGCGAAGAAGAAGAAUCUCUACCAGCGCCACUUCCUCGAGAAGGUCUCCAAGAACAAAAAGCUCCCACUUAGGGAUGGUGAGUACGACGUUGUGGCCCUGUGCGGUUGCCUCAUGCCCGGCCACAUCAUGCCGGACGCUCUUCCUGAGGUAGCCAGGCUCCUAAAGCCCAACGGCCGCCUGAUGUGGGUCCACCGCACGCUGGACUACUACGAGAGCAAGUCGGAGCAGUUCCUGGAGACCCGCUUCACGGGCACCCUGCAGGCGCUCUGUCGCCAGUUCCGCAUGGAGAUCGUCGUCCGCAAGAAGGUCCAGGAGUACCGGCUCAGGUGCGACGGCCAGAUCUUCGCGCUCAAGAAGAAGUGAAGACGCGCAGUGGCCAUGAUUCCUCCUCCUCUCUCAUUACGCGCACUCUCCCCCGUGCCGGCAAAGGAGGAACGGGCUCGUUCGCGGGAUUCGACGACGCUCUGGCAUGCGGCGCAAGCCAAGCCGGCAUCUGCUUCUAGCACGAAAUUAAAUUUACGCAUUGUG